AUGAGCGCACUCCCACGCCUGUCCAAGGACGCACCACCCGUCACCGUCAGCGCUCCCACUGCGGCCAUCGAUAUCGUCGAACCCACCGCACACACCCCUUCAGGCACGUCGAGCUUCACUGACGAGGACAAGAGCUCCAUUCCCCGGGAGAGCCAAAGCAGAACCGAGUCACUAGUCGACUCCUCGAUCUCCCCUCUCAGUCGCAACCACGUCUUUCAAGAUGAAAAAGUAGCCGAGCACUGGCGUCAACUCUACGACUCUACCAAGUACGAGAACAGACAUCGGUUCGAUCCUUCGUUCGAAUGGACUGCGGAAGAGGAGAAGAAGGUGGUCCGCAAGGUGGAUUUCCGCAUUCUCGCCUGGAGUUGGGUCAUGUUCAUGUCGCUCGAUCUCAUUCGAAAGAACAUCAACCGUGCCAUCGCAGACAACUUUUUGUCCGACUUGGGUAUGAAUCAGAACGACUUUAACAACGGUCAGGUCGUCUUCCUCUUGGCUUUCCUCAGCGCAGAGUUGCCGUCGGGCUUGAUCUCCAAGAAGCUCGGUGCGGAUGUUUGGGUGCCCAUUCAGAUUGUUUCUUGGAGUGUCGUCUCGGCGAGUCAAGCUGCUUUGACCAACAAGGCUGGGUUCUUCAUUACGAGGGCUCUGCAGGGUCUUUGCCAGGGUGGAUUCUUGCCAGACCAGAUCCUCUACCUCUCGUAUUGGUACACUGGUAAGGAGUUGAACACAAGGCUGAGUUGGUUCUACACUGUUUUAGGACUCAGCCAGAUCAUUGGAUCGCUUCUUGCCGCUGGUUUCUUGGAGCUUAGAGGACUGAACGAGUUGGCUGGAUGGCGAUACUUGUUCGGCUUUGAGGGACUCAUCACUGGUGUGGUGGGUAUCAUUUCCUUCUUCAUGCUCGCUCCGAGUCCUACAAGCACCAAGGGAAUUCUUCGAGGCAAGAACGGGUGGUUCAACGAGCGCGAGGAGAAGAUCUUGGUUAACCGCGUUCUGCGUGACGACCCCACAAAGGGCGACAUGAACAACCGAGAAGGGUUGACUCCCCGAGCUGUGCUUCAUGCCCUGGGCGAGAAGGAUCUGUGGCCGGUCUACCUGCUUGGUCUUAUCGUCUUCAUCCCUUACUCGCCACCUCAGACCUAUCUCUCGCUCAUCCUCAAGCAACUCGGCUACACCACCCUCAAAUCCAACCUCCUCGCCAUUCCAUCUCAGUUCUUCUUUGCCCUCAACACCAUCCCUUACUCUUGGCUCUCCGCAAGGCUCAACGAGAGAAGUAUUCUUGCUUCGCUUUCCAACGUGUGGAACCUUGCAUUCCUCAUUCCGCUCUAUCUGCUCAAAGAGAGCUCGACGAACCACUACAACUGGAUUCGAUACGCACUCAUCACCGUUCUCACCUCAGUUCCUUACUGCCACCCUUUCUUGAUCGGUUGGGUCUCGCAGAACUCGCAGUCGGUGCGAAACCGUGCCGUCUCGUUGUGCCUUUACAACAUGUCGGUUCAGGUGGGUUCGAUUUUGGCGACGCGCAUCUACACCAACGGCGACAAGCCGUACUAUCGCAAAGGCAAUCUGUCUCUUAUAAUCCUUGCGGUGGUGUCGAUCCUACUCUGCUGGUUGGUCAAGCUGUACUACAUCCAGCGCAAUAAGCAAAAGCUGAGGGUGUGGGAUAAUCUCAGCGAGGAGGAACGAUUGCAGUAUAAGCUCACGACCACGGAUAAGGGGGCGAAGCGUUUGGAUGUUCUGUUCGUACACUAG